AUGGACUGCGAGAUCUGCCAUAGCUAUCAACGAAAGUUUUAUUGUAUCAACUGUUUACGAGAAAGACUACGAGCACACCAUGUUAAUAUGAAACAAAUCACACAGGAUAAGCAAAAGUAUGUAGACCGGGCUAAUAAGCUAGUAAACAAUGGGCUACGAGAUCAACUGAAAAUUAUAGCAGAAAAGCACGCGAGAACUCAGAAUAUAAAGAGAGUAAUGAGAGAGACUGAGCGGCUGCGCGAGGAGAUAGUACGAGACGGUCAGGAAAUCGAGAUGCUAAAAAAGUCCAUAGCAACUCGCAAAGCAGUUCUCCAGAAAUCUCUGGCAUGCUUCGCUAACCUCAAGGCCAAUCAAAAGGCAGCUAUUAUUAAAGACAUUGCUGAGACUAGAGAACGAUCGCACAAUAAACACCAGACGCUUAUGCAUUCUCGAAGAGUUUUAAUAGCAGAACUCGUGUCUCUGUUUGAUUUAAAACGGAUAAAUGGACCACAAGACCAUUACUCUGAGGUACGAGAGAACGGCGCGGCUGUAAUAGCCAAGGAAAACGACAUAAUACAAUCGCCCAAUGGAAAUGCUGACGAUGACGCUGAAUAUUCAAUAGCGGGGAUGACAUUGCCAAAGAAAGGAAAUUUCCAAAAGUAUCCAAUGGAGGAUAUAAACACAACAGUCGGUUAUGUAAUACAUAUGCUGCAAUUAAUAGCGUAUUAUUUGGGUGUGAAGCUUCCCUAUCGCUUGCUGCGAGAUAAAGGAUCUUUACCAUACGCUACCGGAUCAUUUUCUGGUAUGACAGGCGGGAGACGACCUCUUCAUCUGGAUGGAUCGAACGUCGACACGUUUACCAAAGGGUUGGCAAUGUUGAAUUAUGACAUUGCCUAUUUAUGUCGAACACAAGGAGUCGAUAUUGCCUUUCAUAAGGUGCCAAAUACCCUACAAAAUCUAUAUCUUUGUUGCAACGCGGCUGGGCUAGGAAGGUAG